CAAGUGAAACAGGCUUUCUCUCAGACCCGUCUAUGCACGAUGUUGCGACAUGGUCUAGCUGUUCGUUGCCCCCGAUUUUCCUCCUCUCCCCGUGCCCGACAACUUUGCUCCCUCUACACUCGUUCUCCGAAUGUUUCGCUACUCCAACAACCCACCCAACUCCGCCAGUAUCCGAUUGCCUAUUCUCUACUGCCAACUAGUGCUGGCUACCGCUGUCGCUCUCCAUUACAGCAAACAUCGGCCUUCCAUUCGACCCCACGUCGGAGUGCAUUGCCUCUGAUCCCUCUAUUAGGAGUGCUCAAGGCGUCAGCAGCCAUGGAGCUUGUCAGAACUGCGGGUAGAAUCGUGUUGACGAUUAUACCGGUGCUUAUGUUUAAGAACCACAAAACACGACGACAUCUGAAGCACGCUGCCCUGCAUGGCUUUCCAAUAUCUGAGGAAAAGCAAGACCAGUUGCUCCAGAAGAUGCGUCGACGCACCUAUAUCUUCCACGCUCUUUUCCUUAUACCCGCCGUUCUUUUCUGGGGCACUAUCUUUGCGAGCCUCGAGCGAACUCCUCUCACUGGCCGCUGGCGACUAAUCGUUCUUUCGCCAGAGGAAGAAGACGACAUCGCCAACCAACUCGCUGGCCCUGGCUGGUACCAGGCAGUCGGGGAAAUUCUCUCAAACGAUGGCCCUGCUCAACUUAUUCCACCCUCGGACUGGAGAUACGGCUGGGUGCGCGACACUCUCCGUAGACUAGAAACCACAAUUCCAAUCCUCAUCGACGAGGAACGUGCUUACAAAGACUGGUCAACUGGUGGCCGCGGCGACAUCCCACUUCCGCCCCCAGCGGAGUAUCCAUUACGACCACGGCCUAGGGCAACUGAAUAUCUCCGCAUGUUCUGCGAAGGGAUGUGUAAUCGGACAGUCCCGCCAGUUCCACACUCCAUACCUGGCCCACCCUACUCUUUGCUCGUGGUUGAUAAGCCUGAUGCCUCAAACGCCUUCUCUUAUGGUUUCGGGCCGGAUGGCGGAGGCGGAAUCGUCGUCUACUCGGGUUUCCUUGAUGAAAUUCUCUCCCGCACUCCUCCCCCUGACGAGCAAAUCAAGCCACCUCAACCCGAACCUUCUCUACUCUCCAAUCUAUUUGGUGGCGUCCUGGGUCCCAAUACACCUGUGCCUUCCCACCCAGUUCCGACUGAAUCACAGACGGCAGAAUUAGCUAUCCUGCUUUCUCAUGAACUUGCACAUCUCGUCCUCUCUCAUCACAUCGAGACCCUCUCUUCCGCCACAAUCAUCAUCCCGGGAGUUAUGUCGAUGGUUGCUGACGUCGUGCGCGUCGUCAUAUUCCCAUUCACGAUGUUCUUUGGCCCAUUUGUGAAUGAUGCUGUUGCCCAACUCGGGAAGCUUGGCUCUGGUGAGCUCGAGAAGGUCGGAGAGUACUGCACAAGCAUGAAGCAAGAGAUCGAAGCCGAUGUGGUCUCUGCUCGAUUACUCGCCCAUGCUGGAUAUGAUGCGCGAAAAGCGGUCACCUUCUGGGAGCAUCGCUCUUCUACAGAGUGCUCUUCCACGCCAGAGCGCAAAGAAGAGGUCCCCUCAGUAUCCUUUGUGCAUAAAAUCACUAGUUCGACGCACCCCGUCAAUGAAGUCCGCGUCAACUGUCUGAAGGACGAGCUAUUACGGUGGGAGACGGAGCGGAGGGCUGAGUUGGCCAAAAGGACGGUCCCGCCAGAGCGGGCUACGAGUAAAGUAAAUUUAGUGACUGCAUAG